GAUGGAGAUUGGGAGAAUUGGAGAGGAAGGUGACUGUACCUGUGACCCACAACGUUGCUUUGCAGCAAUGUUCUUUCUUCGUCUGCUUUAAGCCUUUAACAUCUCCCGUAUUCCCGAGAAAAAACCAGAGCAGAAACAAAUUUGAAAGUCUCUAAAAUUUCAGAUCCUUCCCCAGUUUCUCGAAUCUUUGUUUUCACAGAGAAAACUGCUUUACAGCGCCGGAAAAUCGGUUUUGCGGUUCGGGAUCUCUUCUGAUUCUCUUCUUCUUGGGGUAAAACUUCUCUUUCUGAGCGUCGGCAAACCGGUGUUGUUUGCUAUCAAGGUCGCUCGAUAUGACUUCAGGAGGGCUUGUCAGCAUUGAACCUCAAGAGCUUAAGUUCCCCUUCGAACUGAAGAAGCAGAUCUCAUGUUCACUUCAAUUAUCGAAUAAGACGGAUAACUAUGUUGCUUUCAAGGUGAAGACGACGAAUCCAAAGAAAUAUUGUGUUCGGCCAAACACCGGAAUUGUCUUGCCUCGAUCCACUUCCGAUGUGAUAGUUACGAUGCAAGCACAGCGGGAAGCUCCCCCGGACAUGCAAUGUAAGGACAAGUUUCUUCUUCAGUGCGUAGUCGCAGGUCCUGGAGCUACUGUAAAGGACAUUACACCGGAAAUGUUCAACAAAGAGUCAGGUAAUCAGGUCGAGGAGUCCAAAUUGAAAGUUGUUUAUGUUUCUCCACCUCAACCACCAUCGCCUGUUCCAGAAGGAUCUGAAGAAGGUUCUUCACCUAGAGCUUCUGUCUCAGAUAAUGGAAAUGUGAAUGCUCCUGAAUUUGCUGCUGUUUCAAGGGCACAUGUUGAGCCUCAAGCUCAUAUUUCAAGAGGGUACGGCGAGUCUCAAGACAAGGCUUCGGAGGCAAAGGCUCUGAUUUCAAAAUUGACUGAGGAGAAAAACUCAACAAUUCAACAUAAUAACAAGCUUCGUCAGGAACUGGAACUCUUGAGGCGGCAGGGCAGCAAGAGCGGUGGUGGUGUCCCAUUCCUGUAUGUUGUGAUUGUUGGCUUGCUGGGAAUUCUUUUGGGUUAUCUUUUGAGGAAGACAUGACCAACUAUUGAGUGUUAAAUCUUUUGUCAUCAUUUUCCCCCAAUUUGUUAUUUCCUUCUCCCUCGAAACCAUAAAAGAAGAACCCAGAAGAAAAGUGAAAAUGACAGGUGAAGGCGUUUUUAGUUGUAUUAACAGUCUUUGUGGCCUUAGAAAAACAUGAUGAAGCAGAGUUUAUGGGGUUUAUAAUUGUUAAUUGUUAAGCAGGAACUGCGACAAGGAAUUGUGUGGCUAACUACUGCUUUGUUAA